AUGGCUUCAAAGCUUGUGAUCAUCAUUGUAUUCAUUCUUGAUCUAAUCGCUGUUGGAUUAGCCAUUGCAGCUGAACAAAGAAGAAGUAUCGGUAAGGUUGUUCCGGACAAGGAGAAGGAUUAUGAGUAUUGUGAAUAUGGUUCAGACAUAGCUACAAGUUAUGGAGCUGGUGCAUUUGUGCUUCUAUUGACUAGCCAAGUUCUUAUUAUGGUGGCUAGCCGAUGUUUCUGUUGCGGCAAGGCUCUUAAUCCCGGUGGUUCGAGAGCUUGUGCAAUCAUGCUCUUCCUCAUUUGCUGGGUGUUUUUCUUGAUUGCGGAGAUAUGYUUGCUCGCGGCAUCAAUCAGAAACGCGUACCAUACUAAGUAUAGAAAGAUGUGGAAUAUCGAUAACCCGCCGAGCUGCGAAGUGAUCCGUAAAGGAGUGUUUGCAGCUGGUGCUUCGUUCGCGCUCUUCACUGGUAUCGUCUCUCAGUUCUAUUACAUCUGCUAUUCCCGUGCUCGAGAUGAUUACCAGAACCCACCUUAUUAG